CCGCGCGUCGGUGGGCACCAGCGAACUAGCCAGGGUAAUUUCCACAGCGUCUGAUUUACGGCCGAGCUAGGAUCUCGGUUUGCCACCUGGAAGAUGCCGAUUCCGUCGAACGGAAGACACAGAGGAACAUACAGUCAAGAAACAUCGAAAAUCAGUGCUCCCUCAGUUCAACAUGUCAAGAGUAACCGCUCAGCGUAGGAUGCCAACUGGUUACUAUCUCAAUGCCGCAAGAAGAAAAGGAUUCGUCUGGCAGACUUAUUGCGCGCUCACACUUUGACAUCUAUAAUAAGCCUUGGUCAUCCAAGAAGAGUAUCGACGGGCUCGGGGACCGUUGGUGCCUUUACUCUCCUCCCUGGCACGAAAUGAGUUCAGUAUCUCCUGGGAACUUCACCAGGUCUGACAUCUAAACCUAUCCCGAGCAGUAUUUUAGACAAUAAAGCUUCUGUGAAAUGCAAGUGUACCCAAACUCCAGGUUCACCUUCCAGGGUCCUUGAAGUCUAUACGAACUGCGACGAUGUCAACGUCUUAUCUGUUCAAAGGUGGUUUGAUCGCCACGUUCGAUAGCGAAAACAAACCUCGUACUUUCAAGGCCGACAUACUCGUUGAGAAUGACAUCAUCGCCCGGAUAGAUCAAGAGAUCACUGCAGAUGCUAGUGUGCAAGUGGUGGACUGUACAGGAAGAUGGAUCACCCCAGGAAUGGUGGACACUCACAGACACAUAUGGAUGGCCGUCAUGAGAGGCUCCCAGGGAGAUUGGCUCCUUACGGAGUAUCUAAUAAAAAACUCAUGGCAUGAGCAAGGGGAUGUCACCGUCAGCGAAGUACGCACUGGACAACUCGCGGGAUGUCUUGAUGCCUUGAACUCCGGUGUCACGACGAUCCUUGACCAUUUCCAUGCGGCUAAUUCUCCAGAACAUGCUGAUGCUGCUCUAGAAGCCACCCUCCAGUCCGGGGCUCGAGUCAUCCUCAGCAUGGCUCGCCAGAGUGCACCUACGAAGGUCUUGCCUCAGAUGGAGUUUGGGAAAGAAGCUGACUCUGUGAAGUGGCAAUGGGAGAAAUUGAAGGAAUGGGCUGCAAGGGAUGGCGGGAAGCUGAGUCCAGAUGGCAGAGUUCUUUUGGGUUUUGCCUACGAUCAGGAUAUGUUCAACCCAGACGAGGCGCUGAUUCCGAUGCACCAAGAAGCCUUGAGGUUGGCACGAUCCCUUCCUGCGUCCAUUAUUACAUCUCAUGUCGUUAGCGGUCCUCGCAUCUUGACAUGGAGGAACGCCGGACUUCUUGGGCCUGAUGUUGCAGCCAUGAAAGAGCAUGGAUGUGCCAUUGCUGCUACACCCGAAGAUGAAUUGGGUAUGGCGCAUGGUGUUCCUGUACCGUUCAACGCCCUCGACCGAGGUGUGAAGUGUGGAUUGGGCAUUGACUGUACUUCUAUCAACGGAGGAGACAUAUUCACUCAAAUGCGGGUUGCACUUGCUUGGGACAGAGGUCGCAGGCACGAAAAGAUCGUGAAGGAGAAACUUCCACCUCCAAAGUAUAACAUACAUAAUGCCGCUGACGCCUUCAGGCUGGCGACAAUCGGUGGAGCGGAGGCACUCAACCUUUCCGGCAGCAUAGGUACCAUUGAAGUAUUCGGGAUCCAUUCAAAGGUAUUGUCUUCCACGCGACCGACACAGAUGCUGAACUUGUGAUGGUCAAUGGAGAGAUCGUAAAGAAGGAUGGAAAGCUGUGCAAGGUUGCUUGGGCUCCUGUUGCGAAGGAGCUUAGGGAGAAGGCUGAGAACAUCCGUGAGAGGUGGCCAGAUGCGAAGUUAGAUGAAAUAUGGUCUGAAGUUUACGAUGCGACUGGAGGACCAAGAUUUCAUUGAGGGAUUGGACCGUUAUGGAAAUCUGUAGUGAUAUGUCAACACCCUUGGUCAUGUUUGGACUCACGGGAUGUAUAUCAAUCAUAGCACACGAAUCACCCCCUUCAAGAUCAGCCAUUCGAAAGCAAUAAUGUCAUCAUAUCAUAGCAC